AUUUUAAUUUUGAGUAAUUGCUGUUAGUGUUUAUUUCUCUAGAUAAACUUUAUUAUUAUUCUGUUGAGUCGAGAAUUUGGUUUGAUGUCUGCAACAUUUAGUCAAGAGAAACAUUGUGGCUGUUAUAAUCAGUAACAAGAAAGUCGCCCACCAUUGCUAUUGUCAUGUUCGCUUCCAUUGUAAAUUGCUUGGAUUACAGGGUGAUUCAUGUGAGAAUUAUUCAUUUUAUGAAAAUAGAGCUAAAGAUGUGAAAAUCUGUAUUUGGUUCUGUUGGACUGGAAUGAGUUAUAAAAAAUUGUGUGUAUACUCGUACGAAGCGAAAUGUGUCACUCUGUAACUAUAAACAUUUCAGUAUAAUAAAUAAAGUGUUUAAAUAUUUAUUAAUGCAUGCUCUGCUGUAAAAAGCUUUUAGGUUUCUCAUUUUACUAACAUGAAAUUUGUCUACAAAUUAAAUGUUGGCGAUUAAUAUUAACGAGUUUGGUGUAGAAAAGAGAUGAAAAUAAAUAAUUUUGUAAAGAAGAGCAUGCAUUAAGUUAAAAUUUAUUGAGAGAACAUGCAGUCAACUUACGCAGAUGUAUUAGUAGUCAUCACGCUUUCCAUACGAAGAAGGGUGGAUAUAUGUCUUGAACUGUGUUUAUUAUUAUAUAUUUAUUGAUGAUUAAUGUUCGAAACCAAAGCAUCAUUAGCAUUGUCCAGAGAUCAUAAUCGAAUGGAAAACAAUGACUUAACUGCGUUGAUCGAAGCUGGUAGCCGGUUGCACCGACCGAAGUGACAGGAAAACAACAACAGCAUGUGAUAUGAAUGUUCAUAAAAGAUGUGGGGAGAGUGUUCCUAAUUUGUGUGGUUGUGAUCAUACCGAACGUAGAGGCAGAAUUCAGUUGAAAAUGACCUACACGGGCCAAAAAUUGAGCGUUCUAGUCCUACAAGGUCGUAAUUUAAUUCCAAUGGAUCCCAAUGGAUUAAGUGAUCCAUAUGUUAAAAUCAAACUCAUUCCCGAUUCAGAUAAUGUGAAGAAGAAAACGAAAACGAUCAAAUCGUGCUUGAAUCCAGAAUGGAAUGAAACAUUGACUUUCGAACUAAAACCGGAGGAUAAGGAUCGACGUUUAUUAAUUGAAGUGUGGGAUUGGGAUCGCACUUCUCGGAAUGAUUUCAUGGGAUCGUUAUCGUUCGGUAUUUCAGAAAUUAUUAAAUCACCCCCGGAUGGCUGGUUUAAACUUUUAACUCAAGAGGAAGGGGAGUUCUACAACGUGCCGGUGCCUGAAGAGGGGGUCGAUUUAGCUACAAUCAAAACUCAAAUGAGGAAAACGUCAAUAACUAAGAAGCCGUCUAUCACAACAGACAAAGACGUUCCCCACAAUAUGGGCAAAAAAGACAUUAUUAGGGCGAGCGAUUUCAAUUUUCUCAUGGUUUUAGGUAAAGGCUCAUUCGGCAAAGUAAUGUUGGCUGAAAGGAAAGGAACCGAUGAAUUGUACGCAAUAAAAAUUUUGAAAAAGGAUAUAAUUAUUCAAGAUGACGAUGUCGAAUGCACUAUGGUUGAAAAACGCGUUCUAGCUCUCUCCAACAAACCGCCUUUUUUAGUUCAACUUCAUUCGUGUUUCCAAACAAUGGACCGACUGUAUUUUGUUAUGGAAUAUGUGAACGGUGGUGAUCUGAUGUUCCAAAUUCAACAAUGUGGCAAAUUUAAAGAACCUGUUGCAGUUUUUUAUUCGGCUGAAAUUGCCAUCGGUUUGUUCUUUUUACACAGUCGGGGUAUAGUUUACAGGGACCUGAAACUCGAUAACGUUUUAUUGGAUCAAGAUGGACACAUAAAAAUCGCCGACUUUGGGAUGUGUAAAGAAGGGAUUACGGGUGAUAAAACUACGAAAACUUUUUGUGGUACUCCUGACUAUAUUGCUCCCGAGAUUAUUUUGUACCAACCCUACGGAAAAUCGGUCGAUUGGUGGGCUUAUGGAGUCUUGUUGUACGAAAUGUUGGUCGGCCAGCCCCCUUUCGAUGGGGAAGACGAAGAAGAAUUGUUUGCAGCUAUUACCGAUCAUAACGUUAGCUAUCCGAAGGGUUUAUCCAAAGAAGCCAAAGACGUGUGCAAAGGGCUUUUGACCAAAAAUCCAAACAAAAGACUAGGUUGUGGUCCUCACGGCGAGGAAGACGUUCGUGCUCAUGCUUUCUUUAGACGUAUCGAUUGGGACAAAAUUGAAAACCGGGAGGUUCAACCACCUUUUAAGCCGAAAAUUAAACAUCGCAAAGAUGUUAGCAAUUUUGAUAAGCAGUUCACUUCGGAAAAGACGGAUUUGACACCCACUGAUAAAUUGUUUAUGAUGAAUUUGGAUCAGACAGAAUUUAUGGGAUUUUCAUUUCUCAAUCCGGAAUUUAUUCAACACGUUUAAAUGUUUAUGAUACGUAUCUUUUUUUUAUUAGAUAGGUACUAUAGAGUAGUGUAGUUUCGUUUGAAAUAGAUAACUAGAAAUUUGCAUUUCAGUCAUUCUUGAACAGCUCUUAUUUCAAAUAUAUAUCAACUAUUUAUAUAUAAAUAUACUCACUUAAAGUGUGCAUGUUUUGCAUUCGAAGUAGUAAAUAGUGCCAAAAAACGUCAUCAGAUUUUGCCGUUUAAACUCCUAUGUUAAGUAAUAAAAAUGUACAUAAAUAUAUUAAAUAAUAUAGUGUUUCUUGACGCUGUUCCACUCUAAAACAUAUCAAAUUACAUACCUGUAGUCAUCGUAAUUGUUACUGAGAAAUGCAAGAGUGGUUUAAACCAAAGCUUGGUAAACAUACGUAACGGGGGUCUAGUUUCCCAAUAGAACUAAUAGUAAAUAGAAGCAUUUUUCUUCGAUACAGUUUCAUUAUUAUUAUAUUGUAUUAUUAUCCCCAGUAUUGAAACUCAUUAAGCGACAUCUGUGACCCUCAUUUGAGGAUAUUAAAAUUGUAUUUAUAAACUUAGUCAUCGCUUUCGCUUAGUAUUUCUUUCGCUACUAGUGAUGAAUUGUGAUUUUUGAGCAAAUUGACAAUCUUAAGCGAAACAAAUUAACUGAUAUUGUAAACGUAAGCAUUCCACAAAUGCAGUUGGUUCAUCGUUGAAACAUUUCAACGUAACAUUCCUUAGUUAUAAUUUAUCAAAAUGACUGAUUUGCAAAUUGUUGUUUUACUUUUAUUAGUAAUUUUUUGCUUAUAAAAUGUCAAAUCAAUCUCGUUUUUACUCUCGACAACUGUGGCACUUUUAGAGACAGUCUUAUUGUAAUUACUAUAAGGUAAAAUAUUGUUGUUCACGCGUCUUUUUCUUACAGUUCUUCCAGUCAUUAAUAAAUGACAUUUGUGAAUGUAGUAAGUUUAUAAGUACAUUUAAAUAAUUAUAUAAAUAUGUACCUAUUUCUCUAAGCGAUGUAACCUUGGUCUAUGUAAAGCCACACCUCUCAAAAGAAAUAUUUUUUAAGAUUGUGGCAAUGUUGAUAUUUAAAUUGUUCCCAAAAUGAUAAUGUUUACAAAGUUUUCAUAAUUGUAAGUUAUUUCACACAGAAAUCAUUAAACAUACUGCCCGCCCAAGACCCAAAAUUCUCGCCGGAUUCUAAGUCAACCUACAACUGAACAAUAAAAUAAUUUGGUUCCGUUUUCUGUGUGAAACAAAUUACAAUCGAACUUAUUUUUAAAACAAUAUCGGUUUGGAACAACCGUUAAUGAUUAUUGAUUAUCAGUUGUUCAAGUCAAAAAUGUCACUUUCGCUGUGUGAAUGUGUUGCAGGAGAAGGAAACUCUUCAAAUAAUUUCCUUUAAAAAAUUAUUGUAGUAAAUCAUUUGAUAAGUUGUUGCUGAGAAUUAUCUUGAUUUUAUAAAUACUAUUUUCACAUUUUUAUUUUGUAGUGACGUAAUUUGUUGUAUUUUUUAAAUGUUGAUCCCAUCUAAAUUAAUUUUAUUUUUUGGGUAUUAAUUUAAUUGUUAUUAAUUCCGUUACAUAUAGUUUAUUUUUGUUAUUGCGUAUUUGCAAAAAUGAUUAACCUCUGACAUGGCCAGACGAAUAUAUUUCCCACAUUGCCUGUUUACAUCCAACCACUUUUAUUUUGACAAUUUUGCAUCUAGGAAGACGACUUUUACAAUGGGAUCGCUAACUUUUAAAGAAAAAAGAGUUAAAAUUGAAAAAUUUAUUGUUGAAGGGUUGGUGUAAUGGGCAUUAUGUCAUGACAUUCUAGUCAUUUGUAAUAAAUGCUAUCUAGUCUCAUAAUGUAUGGUCUAAGUGAUCUUUUUGAUAUAAUCUGUUUACUGUUAGAAUCUGAUAUGUAUUAUUCUUGUUGUAACCAUUACUUAUACAUGUAUUAUAAAUUAUACAUCAGUCAGAA